AUUCGCGCGCUAUAAUGAAUGUCCUCGCUCAUCUAUAAAGCUGAAAGAGAGUUAAACUGAAGCUUGCAAUCGGACCUAACGGGACCGUUACAGCAUUAUGUAUUUUUAAUCCAGGAUAUAAGAGAGUGCACAUAUAAUCUGUCAGGAGAUUAAGGAAGGAACGCAGGCUCCUUUCUAAGAAGAGUGUAACAGAUGUAACAGUAUAACUGAAACAAUUGGAACAAUGUAACUAAAUGUGCGAGGUGUAUUUCGUCAGGUGUGAUAGAGUGUAAGUGACUCAUCCCGCCAGUUUGCGGAAACGGACAGGUAGAUCGGGUAUGGUUGCUUGGAAACCGCGGCAGAGCGGGGUGUGAACGCGCGCGCCUGUCUCUCCUUCAUACCUUCUAACAAUGUCAUAUCAGUGGUUUGUCAGUACAUUGUCAGGACGCAAAUAUUUCGUAAUUGGUCCAUGUACAAUGACUUGAAUUUUCCUGUCCCUUUUGGACUAAAGCUUAAAAAUGAGGUGUUGUCUGUAUUGGUAAUAUGUUAACAUGUUUUAUCAUUUAUAUUAGAAUCAGCUGUGUUCAUAUGCUGUGUUUCCAAUGGAUCUAAUACAUGUGGGAGAAUCUCACCUGCCAAGAACAUGUCCAGGUACAGGCCAACAGCUGCCAGCUUGGCGGAGCGUUUCCUGGCCUGAAUGCGAACCGACUGCAGCUGGAGCAUGUCCACUGCAGGCUUGACUGCCCAGGAGAUCUGUUUACCCGUGCAAAGCCUUUUCCAGCGGGGCAGCCAUUGGCAUAGCAUGGCCGGAGCUAAACCCUCUUGGAAAUACCAUGAUCUACGCAACUUGUACAUCAGCCUUGAUACUUCUAUGGAUUAUAACCUUCAGUCCAAGCAACAGGUGCUGUCAUCAUAUUCAGGAGGGGACAAACAGCGGACUCACCAUCUUCAAUCACCAAACAGCCCGGGAGGUCAGCCCUUGCCCACCAAAAAAAACAGACCUUCCCAGCUCACCCUUCUUUCGGACAAUUUUACAUCUAACCCUGUUGAGGACGAACUGGUGGUUCCCUGCUUUCAACGUCUAACAGUAUCGAAACACAUCAGCCCUCCCCAGACGCCCAGCCGAGCCACCAAACCCCUUCCCCCUAUUCCUGGAUCAGCCGAGCUUUCCCCAGAACAAGGCAUGGACAGUGAAGUCGAGUUCUUCAACGGAGAUGACAGUCACUGCCUAGUUUCCGAACCUUGCUCCAAACACUCUUCAUUCCGCUAUGGAAUGCCCAGUAGGAGGAGUUUUAGGGGCUGUGGACAGAUUAACUAUGCGUACUACGAAGGUCCAACACAGCAGAAGGAUCAGCCGCAUCCACACCCUCAACCGCAACCACAACCGCAGAAGCAGAGGCAAGAGCGGGAAACCCAACAAAGGGAAAAAGAACUUCGCAGUCACCACCACCAGCAACAACAGCAGGAACGAACGCAACGGAAGCUACGACGCUCCCAUUCUGGUCCUGCUGGCUGCUUCAACAAACCCACCUCCUUCCGACUCUCCAGUCACAAUCGGAACCUGCAUGGCUUAGAGAAACCGGAGGUUCCUCCUAGAGUUCCAAUUCCCCCACGUCCAAUUAAAACGGGAGACUACCGCCGCUGGUCAGCUGAAGUCUCGUCAGGGGCCAACAGUGAUGAAGACAGACCUCCUAAAGUGCCCCCUAGAGAACCUCUAUCCUGUGGUAGCUCCCGUACCCCUAGCCCUAAGAGUCUCCCAAUGUACCUUAACGGGAUCAUGCCCCCUACCCAAAGCUUUGCCCCGGAUCCCAAAUACGUCAGUCGUGGUUUGCAACGACAGAAUAGCGAAGGCUCCCCAUGCAUUCUACCUGUCAUGGAAAAUGGUCGGAAAGCCAGCACCACCCACUACUUCCUUUUACCACAACGCCCCUCAUACCUGGACAAACACGAGAAGUAUUUAAUGGACAGCACAGCGAGUCGAGGCACUGACGCCUCUGAUUCAAGUUCAGACUGGGAAUGUCAAAGCAAAAGGAAAACGACACACCAAAUAGACUUGGUAUGAAUCAACCAACACAUCACUUAGGAUAUGUUGCUCUACUGCUUUGUCACAGUCUUUAUCGUUGGGUUUUAACCUAUCGCUCCAUAAAUUGGAGCAAGUUACGUACGAAUUGCAGUUACUGGAAUUUGUUUUGCGCGCAAUAUGGAAACAGUUCUGACAGUUCACGGCUCUAGGAACGAGCUCGGAAAAUAUUUUUAUUAUUUCAUUGUUAUGUGAAACAUAAGUGUUGAAAAUGAUAACGUGGUGCAGUUGUUUGGUGUUAGCUGGUCUGAUACCUCCUUACUUCAGUGUUUUUGAGUGUUGUACAUGCAGUUUUCAUAGUCUUUUUUUAUAUUGCAUUGAAGAUGGUUUUAGUGUCUCAGAGCACGUUUGUCUGAUCACAGGGACAUAGGGUCAGUAAUGUUUCUGUAAGUUUAUGUCGUCUACCAUAUAUGAAGUAUGAAAUGGCCCAACAUCUUGAGGCCAGCAUUUUAAGUGAAGCGUAUUCCAUCUUUGACUAUUCCAUUGCGAAUACUGCAUGCAAAUUGCAUGCAAGCAUUUAGCUGUUCUUCUGUUAGACCAAUGCUCUCAGCUUUUGUCUGGACCUUCUUUGGUUUUGUUUGUUUUUUGUCUAUGUGGCCGGUCUGUUCAUCUUGUAGUCUCGAGUAGUGGUCGACCGAUAUAUUGCAGAGGCCAAUAAAUCGGCUGAUAUUAUGACUUUUUUUAAUUAUCGGCAUCGGCCGAUACAUUUUCCUGUUUAGCCGGGUUUUUUUUCUUGAGAGCUCCAAAAAUCACCUGCAUGCAUGUGAAGCGACUGAGACAUGUAAACAACCAGUCACAGUUCGUUUUGUUGUUACAUGCAUCGUGUUACUACAAUAAUAGUCCAGUGUGCAACACAGUGUCAUUUAAACGGUCCGCAUAUCAGAGCCGCGGUAGACGUGUUUAAGCUCAUAAUGUUAAAGUUUCAUUCUCAUUCUCUCUCCACAACAGUUCCCUGUAACUUUUAACUGUCUUGUCUAAUGAUAAAAAGGCAAAUAUCAAUAAAAUGAAUGUCAUAUAUACCAUUUGCAAUUAUGCAGAUAUCUCGUUUAAACAGAUGUAAUUCACAAACCUCAUGAAAAUCCAGUGUUUUCUUCCCGUCGAGUGCUCAUCUAAUAUCUUCCUCUGAAGCGCAUAUUCUAUCAGCCAGAAUCAAAUUUCAGGAUCAGGAUCAAAAAUUCCUCUGAUUCACAAAUCAUGAUGGUCAGUGGUCACAAUCCAAGCAGGCGAUCCAGGCCGUUUAAACUGUCAGCAGAUUGCUGCUGUUCGCUGGAUCCGCAUGAGCGCGUGCGUGCAACUAAACUCUUUUUAGCAAGUCAGUCCACUGUCGGCCAUGUUUGGAACGAUCUCAGGAGGCUAUUUCCAGUCAUGACAGUACAGCUCCUAUCUACUUGAAUGGGGAAAGACCGAAAUCUCCAAAAUGAUUCGUCAAGAUUAUGAACAAAGAACAUAUUUCAAAUCAGCAGUGAAAUCUGACAACACUGGUAUCAUAAAUGGUGCUUCUUUAUCUCAGAUUACGCUAAAAAACGAAAUUUUCCCAGCUUUUAUAGCUAAUGCGCUUGUGUGUUCUUGAGUUGAUUGACAGGCGAUGUUUGUAUCUAAAAGGUAAUUGGCUCUUUUACCUGUAAGGCAGGACUUCCUUUCUACAUCCGUUGACUAUUGGCUGCAGUUGGGCAUUCUAAUUCCUCCCAUUCAUUUAAAUAGAAGUGGCCCAUCUCUGCUAAAAACUCUCUGGUGCAACUUCAAGGGAAAACCGCUUCACGUGUGCUAUGAGUAAAUGUCUUAUUCACUGUUCUGUAUGUACAAUUGCUUUGAUUCUAUAUUUUUUAAAAAUUCGAUUGCUAACGUGGACAUGCCAUCCAUGGUUGCUGGACUACUGUUUGUACUGUUUCCUUCUUCCUAAUAUAUUAACAAUGUCCUCAUGUGCAAAUAAAUUACAGAAAUUUGAUGACUAAACAGAAAUCAGAAGAAACUGCAGUCUACCAAUUAAAAUACAAUAUAAUUUUUUUUAGAUUCUUUUUUUAAUUGAGGAACUAUAGUGCUAAAUAAGAGUUUGUUUUUUUUUAGCAAUUUUAUGUUUGUUAUUUACUAUAUUACAUUGUGUGAUAUGUCGGCAUUGUUUCUGUCUAUCAUCCACCCUGCUCUCUGGAUAUCGGCAUAGGCAUCGGCCAUUAAAAAACCCAUAUCGGUCGACCACUAGUCUCGAGUGUGUGUUACAUAUUGUAGGAACAGGCUGAGUAUUGCUUUUCUAUUGUGAAUGGUGUGAGUGAUACAGGAGAGCUUGAAUGUGUUACAUUGCCCAAUUUUUGGUGCUGCUUUUAAGCUUUUAUAAGCUGCUUAAGACGGCAGCUGAAAUUUUGCCCUCUAAAUAAGAGUAUUCCCAAUCUGUGGCUUCUUACCAAGGUGUUGUGUGUAGAGUUCUUUUGUUGCACAAAAAAAGGCAAUACUUGUAAAACCUGUGAAUGUGUUUCUCUUGUCUUUUACAAUGCUGUCUUCACGUGAAGCUGUGAGCCAUUGUCUGGAAUAGGAUUUUCUCAAGUACUACCUCCCAUUAUAGAUCUAGUUCUUCUUAAUUACCCAACUGUGGAUUGCAAAGACUCAACAAAUCCAAUCUAGUUUGACACCUGGCACUGUAUUUAACCAUACAUGAAGGUAUACAAGGAAACAAUUUCCCUUGAUCUAUAUAUUUUAUUGGUUUUCCUGUUUCGAAACAGUCAGUUAUUAACACUUCCUCAAUUAAAGACAAAUCUUCAACCGAUUUUAAGCACUAUGUGGAGUUAAAGUCCAUGCGUUAUGCAUUUGGCCGAACUCACACAUACUGAUUUUCCUAUUACUGUACGUGCAUUCCUGUCAGGCGUGAUUACAGUGGGUGUGGGUACCUGAGACUUUGGCUGCUGGCAGCUGGUGAAUGAGAUGUUUUAUUAUUAUAUAUCGUUUCCAGAACCAUUGUGAUAACUCGGUAAAUGUAGCAAAUGCCAUGCAAUUAAAAAUUUGUAGAUAGUAAGAUUAAAAUACAUGCUGUUUGGAAGCUUUGAGGUCAAGUACAACUUUACACCUCACGAAGGAAUAGAAACUCAACUGAUGACAUUUUUUUUUUCCCCUUUAUUUUACCAGUUUGUGUAACUAGAAAUGUUUACAUUGUAUGUUGUUUCUUUUGUUAUUAUUUAAUCUUUUGCUAUGUCUUACCUGGAAAAAAAAUGAAGGCAAGUUUAAAGGGAUAUUUCAUUUUUGGCUGAACUAUCCCUUUAAGAACAAAUGGACAUCUCUGCUGUGGAAUAUAUAGAUAUAUAAAUAUAAAGCAAAGUGCACUGAGAACACAGUAUGUUGUGAUGUGUAAAAGUAUUUAACAUUGUCCUCUUACCCAAAACUGAAUAGUGCUUAUUGUAGUGUAUUCUCUAAAGUAAUAAAAAUAAAUAAGACUUAUUUAUGAAUCAA